ACCUGCAACACAAACACAUACAGUAAAACAUUUGAUCAAAAUACAAGUAUUAAAUAAGUAUAUACAGUAAUAUAAAUUAAAUAAUACAAAUAUAAAAGGUGUAAAGAAAAAAAAACGUUUUAUUAAUUUAUUCAUUUAUUUAUUAAUGUGGGUUGGUCACAUAUAACUAAUUGAAAUCAGGUAAUCAUAGCAUAACUUUAUGCUGUGUAUAUUUGGGCCCUGAUGGUUUUCUUUUGCAAUUCUCUAUCUCCCAAAGCUAGACCAAAGUUCAUCAUGGGACACUUGGAUUUGAAGCCAUAAACAAAUCCUAUGAAAAUUAAACAUGGUCUUUAUAAAUGCAUUACGCAAUCUGCCAAAUAUCCAUUGCACAUCUUGUUCAACUUAUAAUUCUUGAGCAUACACCAUGUGUUCAAUUCAUGUGUUUAAAUGGGAAAAUAACAUUCUGAUGGAGGCCAACUAAAAAUAAAACACUUGGACGCUGGUUGAUUGCACAAAUAAUACAUUUCUAAUUAAUGCAUCCAUCAAACUGUUCAAAGAUUCCACAAGAAUUACGUACGGUACUACUUUUUAAAAGUUUUACGCUGUGAAUUAUCAAACUACACAAUUCAAGACGUGCAUGAGCAUUGAGGUGAAGCCAGAACAUUUUCAUGAGUAGCCUGAAUGGAACUUACUGAACACCCAUAAUUUACAUGGCUGGUACAUGAAAGUUAAUCUCACAAGGGUAGGGUUGGGUUUUGAUUCACGUACAUGUGGCGAAUGGUGACCGUCGAACCAUUCUUCUCACUAUCGGCUUCGAGAAUCACACUGAAAAACGACACGUCAAAACAGACACGCUAAUAUUUCAACUGGAAUUACAUGAGCAGGAUGGCUAUAGAGGGGACGCUCAUGGUGCUCUGUGUAAUUCUGGGAUCUGGCAUCAGUGUAAAUCCACCAUGGUUCGAGAACAUCACAACAGGUCUUUUCAGAUCUCCUGGGGAUAUUCUCAUCGGAGGAAUUUUCCCAAUUAAUGAACUCACCAGCAACUUGAGCGAACGGGUGAAGCCAGAUGAUAUUCACUGCAACAGGAUCAACUCUUACGGUCUUUCAAUUUCAUUGGUGAUGAAGUACUGCGUGGACGAGAUCAAUGCUAACCAGCAUCUUCUCCCCGGAAUCAAACUUGGCUUUGAGAGCUUCGACUCCUGUCAGCAACCAUCUGUCGUCAUAUGGCCCGUGCUACAGUUUCUCACAAAGGAAGCAACAGAGGAAAUGGAUAUCACCUGUAACUACACUGACUACAAGCCUCGAGUUACAGCUAUCAUAGGCCCCAACAACUCGGAGCUGGUGCCAGUCAUUGGCAAGCUGAUUGGAUUUUUCUUAAUGCCACUAGUUAGUUAUGGAGCCACCAGCGACGUGUUCAGCGACAAAGAGACGUUUCCAUCCUUCAUGCGCACGGUGCCCAGCGAUCGCUGGCAGGCUCUGGCCAUGGUGAAGCUUCUCAAAGAGUUCGGGUGGAACUGGGUGUCGGUGGUAGGCAGUGAUGAUGAGUAUGGUCAGAAGGGUCAGCGGCAGUUCUCCAGCAUGGCCAAUGAGGAAUCCAUCUGUGUGGCCUAUCAAGGUUUGAUUCCUGUCUACAGCAACCCAGAGGAAACGAUAAAGGAGAUACUUGAUCGCAUUGUGGAGGCCAAAGUAGGAGUAGUGGUGGUCUUCUCCCUUCCCAAACCAGCCAGAGACUUCUUCACAGAGGUUAUCAAACGUAACAUGACAGGAGUCUGGGUGGCGAGCACAGCGUGGGCUCUGAACGAUGGUGUAUCCAGCCUGCCCGGAAUCAACACUAUAGGCACAGUCUUGGCAUUCGCAGACAUCACUAGACCUCUCGACCUCUUCACGCCUUACGUCCGUGAGCUCUUCACAAAAAUCGAGAAGGAGGAAACAAGCCUUCCACUUUCCGUCUCCCCUUUGGACAACCCUUGCCCCGCGUGCAGCCAAGUCACCCAAGCCAACGUGAGCAUGGUGGAGAUAAAUCUAGUCCAACGAUCAGCGUUCAGCGUCUACACUGCUGUCUACUGUGUGGCACAUGCGCUGCAUGACCUGCUUGGAUGCAAUUCCAGCAAUUGUGCGGUGGACCCCAAAACAAAAAAAAUCUAUCCAUGGCAGUUGUUACAGAAGCUCCGAAAUGUUUCCAUGAAUAUUUCAGGGAUCCCGUUUAAGUUUGAUAGUGAAGGUAAUCCAAACUUUGGCUACGAUAUACUGCAAUGGAACUUUAAUGGCAGCACUGUCGACUUUAAGGUGCUUGGAUACUUUUAUCAGACCCUCACGAUUCAGACACAGCUCAUAAAAUGGCACACUGCAAAUUCCAAGGUGCCAGCAUCCACUUGCUCCUCAAACUGUGAGGUAGGACAGGUGCGCAGGGUCAAAGGUUUUCACUCCUGCUGUUUUGACUGCAUUGACUGCAAAGAAGGAACUUAUCUCAACAGAACAGAUGACAUCCAGUGUACUUUAUGUCCGGUUGGCAAGUGGUCCACCUUCCGAAGCACAUAUUGCGUCUUUCCCGUUUAUACAUACCUGGACUGGGCCCACUUUGAGUCGAUAGGAAUCAUGUUUGGAGGAAUUUUGUUACUCGCAUCACACGCAUGGGUAGGGUUUCAUUUUUUCAGGAACAGAGGAACUUCAAUGGUGAAAAUCGCUGGUGGACCGCUAAGCGGCAUUACAUUGUUGUGCCUAACAGCACAAUGUGCCAGUCUGGUGCUGUUCCUGGGUCAGCCGAACGAUAUUGCGUGCCGCCUACAGCAGCCCCUGAACACCUUCUUUCCCUCAGUGGCCCUCUCUGUCAUCCUCAGCAGUUCCAUUCAGAUUGUCUGCGUCACAGAAUUCCCAGAAAAAUGUCCAGAUCACCUGUCAAACCUGCGUGAGCGAGUUAGCUGGUUUGUAGUUCUGGGUUGCAGCGGGGUCCAAGCGGGGCUGUGCGGUUGGUACGUCCAGGAUGGUCCGACCUUAACCCAAUAUGUCGCCAGUUUGGAGGUGAACUACGUGACAAGAUUUCUGCGAUGUCCAGUGGAGCCCUUGUUGAACUUUGGCUUGAUGAUUGGUUUCAACGUGGUGCUGGCACUGCUAUCAUUCAUGUCCACCUUCAUGGCUCUUAAGCCACCUGGUCAAUACAACCUGGCCAGAGACAUCACCAUCUCCUCCUUGAUUUAUUGUGUAACGUGGGUGAUGUUCAUCCCCACAUACACAAGUCUUAAUGAUAAGUAUAAAUCCGUAGCUCAAGCUGUAGUCAGUUUAGGGAGUAAUUUUGGCUUGAUAGCAACCUAUUUUUUCCCUAAAUGCCAACUGUUAGUCAAACAGCCUGAACUCAACAUAGAUGAUCAUUUUCGUACAUUUUUAGAAGGGCCCCCUCCACCUGAAAAUUCACCUGAAAAUCCACCUGAAAAUCCACCUGAAACGCCAUCUGAAACGCCAUCUGAAACAACAACAGAACAAACAACAACAGAGUGAAUAAAGCACAAAAAGAUUGCUUAUUUUAUAUUACUAUCAUACAGCUUUGCUUUGUGUUCCAUAUAACAAAGCCCCCUCAUACUUUAUUGCUGAAAAAAACGUAUAUAUAUAAUAUAUUUAAUAUAUAUUUCAAAAAAGGGAAAUAAACAUGCUGUGACAAAAAAAGGAUGCCUUUUUUUGGGAGACGAUAAACUUUGUAGGAUUUCUUUAAAAUAAAAUGCACAAUCCUGAAGUAAUAACACCCAAUGAAUGGAGAAGGGAUGCCUCUUUAUAGAACACAAAAUAGUUACUUUAUAUUCAUUUUCAUGUGUCCAUUUAUAAGAAAUAUGUAGCGUUAUGGAUGUGACGAUCCUGAAAAUGGCCCUUACCUGACUAUGAAAAAUCAUGCACUAAAAAUAAAACAAAUGUUUAACAAAUUUGAAGAGAGAUCUCACAUGGGUAUUUGAACCACCAAAUGUUAAAAUGUGUGUGUUACCAUAGUAAAAACCUUUUUUUUUACUUUUUUUGGGUAUGGUUGACAUUUUCAGAGAAUUGCCCAGUAGUACUAAUAUUUGUAUA